AUGGAUACCGCCCAAGCCGGGAGUCUUCCCAAAGCAAGCCCAGCAAAAGAGUACCCAAAGACCAAAGGUCAUGAUGAAUGGGCUUUGCAAUCAGAAGUCGCCGCCUUUGCGGCCCGAGACGAAACAUCUGGGUUCCCUCGCCGAGAGCUGGGUGUGACGUGGAAAGAUUUGACGGUUGAGGCGCUCAGCACGGGUGCUGCCAUUCACGAGAAUGUCAUAUCCCAAUUCAACAUUCCAACCAAGAUUCGCGAGUCUCGACAUAAGCCCCCCCUGAGAAAGAUCCUCAACAACAGCCACGGAUGUGUCAAGCCCGGCGAGAUGCUCCUUGUGCUAGGGCGUCCAGGGUCCGGAUGCACGACACUGCUGAACAUGCUCGCCAACAAGAGGCGUAGCUAUGCCAAGGUCUCUGGCAACGUCAACUAUGGCUCCAUGGAUGCCGAGGAGGCUGAUGGUUACCGAGGCCAAAUUGUGAUGAACACGGAAGAAGAGCUCUUCUUUCCAUCCCUGACCGUUGGUCAAACAUUGGAUUUUGCCACUCGGCUUAAGAUAGGCGCUCAUCUCCCACAAGGCGUUUCAAGCCAAGAGGAGCAACGCCUUGCUUCCCGAGAGUUUCUGCUCAAGUCCAUGGGCAUUGAGCAUACCACCGACACGAAAGUGGGCAACGCUUUUGUCCGUGGCGUUUCCGGCGGUGAAAGGAAACGAGUUUCCAUCAUUGAAUGUCUCGCUUCGAAAGGCAGUGUCUUUUGUUGGGACAACUCAACUCGAGGGCUGGACGCCAGCACUGCCCUUGAAUACACCAAAGCUAUUCGAGCAAUGACGGACAUUCUCGGCCUCUCAACUAUCGUGACGCUAUACCAAGCGGGCAAUGGGAUUUACAAUCUUUUCGACAAGGUGCUCGUGCUGGACGAAGGCCAGCAGGUAUACUACGGACCGAUGACUGAAGCAAAGCCUUUCAUGGAGGAGCUGGGCUUUGUCUGCCAACCUGGAGCCAACGUGGCUGACUACCUAACGGGUGUCACUGUCUCCACGGAACGCCAAGUUCGACCCGAAUGGGAAAACAAGUUCCCCAGAACGGCCGAGGAGAUCCGUCGACGUUACGAGGAGUCACCAUUGUAUCCGCGAAUGCGGGCCGAGUACGGCUAUCCGACAACCGAAGAGGCCAAGACCAAGACCCUCGCCUUCAAGGAGGGCGUCACCAUGGAGAAGGACAAGCGCUUGCCCGCUUCCAGUCCCCUCACUGUCGGGUUCAUGGCACAGACCAAGGCGUGUGUGAUACGACAGUACCAAAUCAUCUGGGGCGACAAGAUUACAUUCAUCAUCAAGCAAGUGUCCACCAUCAUCCAGGCCCUCAUCGCUGGUUCCCUCUUCUACAACGCGCCCGAUACGACUGCGGGUCUCUUCAUCAAGUCUGGCGCCUGCUUCUUUGCCGUGCUUUUCAAUAGCUUGCUGUCCAUGUCUGAAGUCACAGACUCAUUCUCUGGUCGUCCAGUCCUGCUCAAGCACAAGUCGUUCGCCUUCUUCCAUCCAGCUGCAUUCUGUAUCGCUCAAAUUACUGCAGACAUUCCACUCAUCCUGUUCCAGGUAUCCACCUUUACUCUCAUUCUGUACUUCAUGGUGGGCCUGACCACAGACGCUGGCAUCUUCUUCACUUUCUGGAUCAUCCUCGUUGCCACGACGUUCUGCAUGACGGCCCUGUUUCGUGCCGUGGGUGCGGCGUUUAGCACCUUUGACGGCGCUUCCAAGGUCUCUGGCUUCCUCAUCACCGCUUGUAUCAUCUACACCGGCUACAUGAUUCAGAAGCCACAGAUGCACCCAUGGUUUGUGUGGAUCUUUUGGAUAGACCCCUUGGCGUACGCCUUUGACGCCAUGCUGUCAAACGAAUUCCAUGGCAAGACCAUAUCUUGCGUCGGCCCCAAUCUCAUCCCGAGCGGUGGCGACUACACGAGCGCUGCAAACCAGGCCUGUGCAGGUGUUGGCGGCGCUGUGCCCGGCCAGACCUAUGUUGACGGCGAUGCAUACUUGGCCUCGCUUUCCUACAGCCACGCGCACAUAUGGCGCAAUUUCGGCAUCGUCUGGGCUUGGUGGGCUUUGUUCGUGGCCAUUACCAUCUUUUCUACAUCUCGCUGGCACGCCGCAUCCGAGGACGGACCCAGUCUUGUUAUCCCUCGCGAGAAAGCUGCCAUCAGGGUCGGCCGUCGUGAUGACGAGGAGCAGGGCGGUAAGACCGCUGCGAGCUCCAGCACGCCUUCGCGCGAUGGCUCGGAUGACGAAACCAGCCAGCCCAACCUGAUCCGCAACACAUCGAUCUUCACGUGGAAGAACCUCUCCUACACAGUCAAGACGCCCCAGGGAGACCGCCUUUUGCUUGACAAUGUGCAAGGCUGGGUCAAGCCUGGAAACUUGACGGCGCUGAUGGGAUCCUCUGGCGCCGGCAAGACGACCUUGCUCGAUGUUCUCGCUCAGCGCAAAACGGACGGCACUAUCCAUGGUUCUAUCAUGGUCGACGGCCGCCCCCUGCCGGUGUCUUUCCAGCGGUCCGCUGGCUACUGCGAGCAGCUUGAUGUGCACGAGUCGUACGCCACUGUGCGCGAGGCCCUGGAGUUCUCCGCCCUCCUGCGCCAGAGUCGUGAGACACCCCGUGCGGAAAAGCUGUCCUAUGUGAACACUAUCAUUGAUCUUUUGGAGCUCCACGACAUUGCGGAUACGCUGAUUGGCGAGGUCGGUGCUGGGUUGAGCGUUGAGCAACGGAAGCGCGUCACCAUUGGUGUCGAGCUGGUUUCCAAACCCACCAUCCUGGUCUUCCUCGACGAGCCGACCUCGGGCUUGGACGGCCAGUCUGCAUACCACACGGUGCGCUUCCUCAAGAAGCUGGCGGCUGUCGGUCAGGCGGUGCUCGUCACCAUCCACCAACCGUCUGCCCAGCUGUUCGCCCAGUUUGACACGCUGUUGCUGCUGGCCAAGGGCGGAAAGACGGUCUACUUUGGUGAGAUUGGCGAGCAGGCGUCUACCGUGCAGGGCUACUUUGGUCGCUACGGCGCUCCCUGCCCGCCCGGCGUGAAUCCGGCCGAGCACAUGAUUGAUGUCGUCUCCGGCACCUUGUCGCGUGGCACCGACUGGAGCGAGACAUGGCUGGCGUCCCCCGAGUACGAGAAGAUGACGAGCGAGCUCGACAGCAUGAUCAGCGAUGCCGCGUCCAAGCCCCCUGGCACGGUGGAUGACGGGCACGAAUUCGCCAUGCCCCUCUGGGAGCAGACCAAGCUGGUCACGCAUCGCAUGAAUGUCUCCCUGUUCCGCAACGUCGACUAUGUCAACAACAAGCUCGCCCUGCACAUAUUCUCCGCCCUGUUCAACGGAUUCAGUUUCUGGAUGGUCGGCGACUCGGUCGGCGACAUGCAGCUCAAGCUGUUUACCAUCUUCAACUUCAUCUUCGUCGCCCCUGGUGUCCUCGCGCAGUUGCAGCCCCUGUUCAUCCACCGUCGCGACAUAUUUGAGACCAGGGAGAAGAAGAGCAAGAUGUAUUCAUGGGUCGCAUUUGUCACGGGCCUGAUUGUCUCCGAGAUCCCCUAUCUUGUCAUCUGCGGCGUCCUCUACUUUGUCUGCUGGUACUACACGGUCGGGUUCCCGACGGAUUCCGACCGCGCCGGCGCCACCUUCUUCGUCGUUCUCAUGUACGAGUUUCUGUACACGGGCAUCGGCCAGUUCAUCGCCGCGUACGCUCCGAAUGAGGUGUUUGCAUCUCUUGUCAACCCCCUCAUUAUCGGUAUCCUCGUCUCGUUCUGUGGCGUGUUGGUCCCGUACGCCCAGAUCCUCGCCUUUUGGCGGCACUGGCUCUACUGGCUCAACCCCUUCAACUACCUCAUGGGCAGCCUGCUCGUGUUCAACCUCUGGGGCACGGAGAUUACGUGCAAAGACCGUGAGCUGGCCGUCUUUGACCCCGUCAACGGCACGACUUGCGGCGAGUACCUGUCUGACUACUUGACGCAGGGCAUGGGACGGGCGAGCCAUCUCGUCAACCCGGAUGCCACGGCCAACUGCCAGGUAUGCACGUACUCAAAGGGCGAGGACUACCUCCGGACUUUGAACCUGAAUGCAUACUCGUACGGAUGGCGCGACGCUGGCAUUGUGGUCGCCAUGUGUUUCAGCUCCUACGCUUUGGUGUACUUGCUGAUGAAGCUGCGUACCAAGACGUCCAAGAAGGCCGAGUAG